GGGGCGGUGAAAGUGGUGGCUACGGCGGCGCAAGAAUACGGAGCCCAGACGGCGAGGCGUGAAGAGGCCGAAAGGAUACCGUCGCCCGAACCAGAAGACACCGAAUCAGAGCCAUCUGACGAGCCUGGAGACGACGAGGAAGACGACGAGGACGCGGAACCCGUUUCGAACGCCUACUCCGCCCUGCUACAGUCUCUCGCCGCCAUGCAGCCCCAGGACCGACCGAGCAAGAAGCGCAAGGCGCAGAGCGAGGAGGACCCAUCUGCCGCGCAAGGAUCCAAGCGGCGGGCACAGCAGUCAGAUCUGAGCGCGGCUGCAGACAAGGCGCCAGACGACUCCGCAGAGGAAGAGGGCGAUGAACUGGCAGACGACGACGAGGUCGAGGAGGAAGUCGAGGAGGAAGACACCCCGCUCGACAGCGAGGCGAACAACCCCUUCUUCGACAAACACUUCGGCAGCCCGGACGAGAAUGAGCUCACCAAACGGCUAAAGAGGAUAGCAGCGAAUGAGUGGUCGACCAAGAAGCUAGACGCAGGCCUGACGAAAGCUGGCAAUUUGUGGAAAGCUCAGAAGCAGAGCCACACCGACACUGGGAAAGGCGUCUUACAAGUUCCUAGCCCUGAUGAGAAGGCGCUAGAACGACCCAGGUUCAAGAGCACGCGCAAUAUUGGCCUGAAGUCAAAGUUGGUCGAGAACGCGCAGAAGGAGAUUGGCGACUUCAACGACCUGGAGCAGACGAUUGCGCCGUCCCUCUUCAGCUACCAGGAUAUAUUGUUUGGCGCACGUACGGUGCAGAACGCCGGCCGACUCCGAGACCUCACCUGCUUGCAUGCCCUCAAUCACAUCCUGAUGACACGAGACCGUGUAAUAAAGAACAAUGCAAAGCUGGCGGCUGCGAAAGAGGAUGAGGACGUUGAGUACCGCGACCAAGGCUUCACGCGACCGAAAGUCCUGUUCCUUCUUGAGACAAAGCAAGCUUGCGUACGCGUGCUGGAUUCAAUUACUAAGUUGCACACGUUCGAGCAACAGGAGAACAAGAAGCGCUUCCUGGACAGCUUCUCACAGCCAGAGGACAAGUUCUCAGACGAUCGGCCAGAGGAUUUCAAGGAACUCUUCGAGGGCAACGAUGAGAACGAGUUCCGUGUGGGCGUCAAGUUGACGCGGAAGACACUGAAGCUGUACUCAACCUUCUACAACUCAGACAUCAUCUUUGCGUCAGCGUUGGGUCUACGACGAGCCAUCGAGACUGGCGACAAGAAGAAGCGAGGGGACUACGACUUCCUCUCGUCUAUUGAGAUGGUGAUCAUGGACCAAGCUGAUGCAACACUGAUGCAGAACUUCGAGCACGCCGAAUUCGUCUUUGAUCAUCUGAACCUCCAACCCAAGGAUCCUCACGGCUGCGACUUCUCUCGCGUCCGUUCGUGGUACCUCGAUGGACACGCUCCUAAUAUUCGCCAAACCAUCGUCUUCUCUGCCUUCCUUACGCCCAAGAUCAACUCCCUUUAUUACAAGCACAUGCAGAACGUUGCCGGUCGCUUGCGCUACACGCCAGACUACACAUCGGGUCUGAUUGAGUCGCUCUCGUACGGCGUUAAGCAAACGUUCUUGCGCUUCGAUUCGCCCUCGCACCUGACGGACCCUGACGCCCGCUUCAAGUACUUUCACUCUUCGAUCUUGCCCUCCAUUAGCCGUCUGCCCAAGCCUGCAAGCGGCGGCGUUGGCGUGGUCGUUUUCAUCCCUUCCUACCUCGACUUCGUCCGCGUCCGCAACUCCCUUGUCGACUCGGACUUCAGCUACGGUCUGAUCCAAGAAUACACCGAUGCCACCGACGUCCGCAAGGCACGGUCCCACUUCAUGAGCGGAAAACACUCGCUGCUUCUCUACACCGGCCGUGCACACCACUUCCACCGCUACCAGAUCCGCGGCGUGAAGCGCGUGGUGUUCUACGGCGUACCUGAGAACCCAAAGUUCUACGACGAGAUUGUCGGGUUCAUCGGAAAGAGCGUUGAGCGUGGCGAGAUCAGCAGGCAGGAAGCGAGUGUGCGAGUGGCGUUCAGCAAGUGGGAGAGGCUGGAACUCGAGAGGAUUGUAGGCACGAAGCGCGUUGGAAAGAUGAUCGCUGACCGAGGCGAUGUAUUUGACUUUGUAUAAACAUUCUUGCAUAUAAUAUUUGGGUAUAGACGGUCGGCAUUGCAUUGGUGGGCGUACUAUAGACAUAACACUGCUCUCAACAGUAGCGAAGCUCCUUCCUCAUCCUCUCACAACACAUCCUCAAACUCCUCAUCUAAUGGCAAAUCAGCACCCUUGCUGAUCAUCUCGGAAAA